GGAACAUCAUCGGUUCUGGGAUUUUCGUGGCCCCCAAGGGCGUGCUGUGGCACUCGGGGGCGGUGGGGCCGUCCCUGCUGGUCUGGGGGGUCACCGGGGCCGUCACCGCCGUGGGGGCCCUUUGCUACGCCGAGCUGGGCGUGGCCACCAUCCCCCGGGCGGGCGGGGACUACGCCUACGUCUGCCACGUCUUCGGGGGGCUCCUGGGAUUCCUGCGGCUGUGGAUCUCGGUGCUGGUGAUUUACCCCACCAACCAGGCCGUCAUCGCCCUCACCUUCGCCAACUACGUCCUGCAGCCCCUCUACCCCACCUGCCACACCCCCGAGGCCGCCCAGAGGAUCCUGGCCGCCGCCUGC